GGAGGCACAACUUCCGGAGGGAGGCGGAAGAGCCUCUCGGCUCUGGACUCCGGAGUCCCGGGACAGCUGAGGGGCUCCCCCGGGGUACAGGGAAGGGUCGCCGGGGUCGGCCGGCUGCAUUCCGGGUGUCGGGGCCGUGAGUCCGAGGGAUGAGGAGGGGCCAUGGCCAGCGACGGGGCCAGGAAGCAGUUCUGGAAGCGCAGCAACACCAAAGUCCCGGGCAGCAUCCAGCAUGUGUAUGGCGCCCAGCACCCCCCCUUCGACCCACUGUUACAUGGCACCCUGCUCAAGGCCACGCCCAAGGUGCCCACCACACCGGUGAAGGCCAGGAGGACCAGCACCUUCCAGGAGUUUGAGAGCAACACCAGUGAUGCCUGGGACGCCAGCGAAGACGACGAUGAGCUCCUGGCCAUGGCGGCCGAGAGCCUGAACACCGAGGUGGUCAUGGAGACGGCCAACCGCGUCCUGCGCAACCACAGCCAGCGGCAGGAGCGCCGCAGGCCGCCCGAGCCUCCCGCGGUGCCGAGCGGUGACCUCCGGCUGGUGAAGUCCGUCAGCGAGAGCCACACGUCCUGUCCUGCAGGUGGGAUGGGGGCACCGAGCAGACGGGAAAGUGCCAGCGACACUGCCCCUUUGCAGAGGUCCCAGUCUCUGCCGCACUCGGUGACCGUUGCACUUGGCGGGACAUCAGACCCCAGCACCCUCAGCAGCUCAGCGUUAAGUGAAAGAGAGGCCUCCCGGCUCGACAAGUUCAAGCAACUUCUGGCCGGUCCCAACACGGACCUCGAGGAAUUGCGGAAGUUGAGCUGGUCCGGAAUCCCUAAGUCGGUUCGUCCGAUUACCUGGAAGCUGCUGUCGGGUUACCUUCCUGCCAACGUGGAGCGAAGACCAGCCACGCUCCAGAGAAAGCAGAAAGAAUACUUUGCGUUCAUCGAGCACUAUUACGACUCCCGGCACGACGACGCUCACCAGGACACCUACAGGCAGAUCCACAUAGACAUCCCUCGAAUGAGUCCGGAGGCGUUAAUACUUCAACCUAAAGUGACGGAGAUUUUUGAAAGGAUAUUGUUUAUUUGGGCAAUCCGUCACCCUGCCAGUGGAUAUGUCCAGGGGAUCAAUGACCUCGUCACCCCUUUCUUUGUCGUCUUCAUGUGCGAACACAUAGAGGAGGAGGACGUGGAUGCCGCCGACGUCUCCCGCGUGCCCACCGACGUGCUGCGUAACGUGGAGGCCGACACGUACUGGUGCAUGAGCAGGCUGCUGGACGGUAUUCAGGACAACUAUACCUUUGCCCAGCCUGGGAUUCAAAUGAAGGUGAAAAUGUUGGAAGAGCUGGUGAGCCGGAUUGACGAGCAAGUGCACCGGCACCUGGAGCAGCACGAGGUGCGUUACCUGCAGUUUGCCUUCCGCUGGAUGAACAACCUGCUGAUGAGGGAGGUGCCCCUCCACUGCACCAUCCGCCUGUGGGACACCUACCAGUCCGAGCCCGAGGGCUUCUCCCACUUCCACUUGUACGUGUGCGCUGCUUUCCUGGGGAGGUGGAGGAAGGAGAUUCUAGAAGAGCGGGAUUUCCAGGAGCUGCUGCUUUUCCUUCAGAACCUGCCCACGGCCCACUGGGGCGAUGAAGACAUCAGCCUGCUGCUGGCGGAGGCCUACCGCCUGAAGUUUGCUUUCGCGGAUGCCCCCAAUCACUACAAGAAGUGAGCCGGGGCCAGCACAGCCGUGGCUGCGGGCCGGUGGCCAAGGAGAGGCCUUGUUGGAGCGGCCUGCCCUCCAGGGGGCUGGCCAGGCCCGGGCGCAGGGGAGGGCUGGGGCCUGGCCGGGGGCGCCUCUGUUGCCUGAGAUACCAAAGAGAGCCAGGGGAGGGUCCUGGCCGCUCAGGGGGCCAGAGGUGGGUGGGCGUCUCCCUCCCUGUCCCCGGAGCGUCCUUGCCAAAUGACCACCUCCUGGAGCCCCCAGGGCGUGGCAGCCCGAGAGCCAGACCCUCCGGGAGAGGCCUGCUGUCUGGUGCCAGGGGCAGAAGGAGGUGGUGGCCAUCUCAUACCUGCUUUGAAAUGCAAAAAUCCUAUUCUGUUGAGUGAAAGAGAAUAAAAUAUAGACAAAAUAAGAAGUGAACCGCCCUAACCUGUGAAGUCUCCGUCCCCACAGGGCUUCUGGGCGUUGGCCUUGUUCCUGUAACUGCCGUCACUUUUGCUGUGGCUGUCCCUUCUCUCUUGGUGAGGCUCUGGCUCGGGAGCAGGGGGGAGGAGCGGAGUAAAGGCCCUGCUUUGCAUCCCGUCCUCUUCAAAAGGCGCCUUCAGCCCUCAGGAGGCCCUGUGCUGUUCCACCGGGAGGUGAGGGGCUCAGGGCCCUGUGGCCCCGGGGACGAGCCACACAGGCUGAGGCUAGGGAUCCUGCGCUCUGCGCUGGGCCCGCAGGAUGGGCAGGGUUCGGCCUCGAUAAUCGGAGCUCUCGUACCACUCGCCUCAGCCUGGCCGCACCUUCCACGUCUCCGGCGGGUUACAGACAUGCUUGCUCCCCGCCGUUCGCUGGUCACCAAGCAGAGAGCCCAAGUGCGGAAGGUUCUGGACUGGCCUGCCUGGGGCUCUGCGGGGUCCCGGCACACUUCCACCCGCCCCUGCCUGUGCAGGCGUGUGGCUGGCAGGGACGUGGAUGCUCCGAGGCUCUGGGGACAACUCCGACCCCUCAGCCGGGACAGGUCCUUGUCCUUGGCACCUGCUUCUGGUCCCGGAACAGCCAGGCCAGCGCCCCGUGUUUGCACAGCUCGGCGUGAGGACGCUGCGGGGAGGCUGCAAACGGGACUUGAGUACAUACACACCUGUGACAUGUGUGUCCUUUUUCUCAUUAAAAACAUUCCUCGGUCAUUACAUGUGGUGUGGAAAUCAGCACAAAAUGCCUUGUGAAUGGGAGGUGCUCCCAGGUCAGCAGAGGGCUUGCCUCAGAGCCCCAGCCCCUGGGGUCAGGGGUUCCUCUCCAGAACCCAGCGGCCCUCCGGCCUGCACCCUUUCUCAGCCGGGGCACCCGGUUCCAGGAAGAGCCGCCCAUGGCCGUGUGCAGGCAGCCCCUCCCCCACCCCGGCCCCCAGGAACUGCUGUCUUAGCUCAGAGCGCUCCGUGCGGCCAAGGUGUUGGGCCCCCCAAACAUCUGCCUCUCGAGGCCGUUUGUUCUUCAAACAGGAGGAUCUGCGACUUUAAAUGAGGGUCCGCAUGGAUUUUCCUGUGCGUGUGUGUCUGACCCUGAAGUUGAAUGCAGGCUUGUUGAUGCGCGAGUGCCUAUGAGUCUGAGCAGGUCGAUUUGGAACGAUUAAAGGGUGUUCUGUCUGGAAUACGAUGUGUUCAAAUGGGAAUAAAGAUGCAGUGAACCCCCAGCCUCUGCCUGAUUCAAGGACUCUCCUAGGAGAGCGGGGGAGCCCAGGGACAGCUGAGGGUGGGGCAUGUGUGCCAGACCUGACCCGGGCGUGGCACCCAGUCUUGUCGAAUCCCGGGGGGACCUCUCAGGGAGAUAGAGGUUCAAGGCAGAGCAGGGGUCAGUCGUACUCGGGUUGGGCCCCAGACCCCAGCCCUGCACCGCUGGGGGUCACCUCCAGGCCGGCCUGGGACAGGAGGGGCCUCCCCACCCUGCCACAGCAGUCGAGUGCCUUCCGGGACCCGGGAUGUAGCCAUCCCUGCUUCCUGGCUCCCACCCUCUUGGCCCCGUGAGCCCCAGCUUCUCAGCUGCUUUUACGGUGCCCCGUGCCCCUCGGCACCCCACAUCCGCACCUCCCUCCAUGGUGGGGACUCCCCAGGCAGUGCUCUGCUCUCUGCCGUCUUAUGCCGUCCACUGGUGGGGUGGGGUCAGGUGCCGUCCCUGGGUGGGGGGCAGGAGACCCUGCCGGGUGAUAAUGCUCACCCUCCCCCUGUGGCUGAGUGCCACGCUGAGCUGGGGCUGACGCCCAGACCUUGUCACUGUGCUCGCGGGACGAAGACGCAGCGGCCCUCCCCGGUUGGAAGGUGGAAGGCUCCGGUGCGGGUCACAGCUCAGAGCUGGCCACCGCUGCUGUUCGUAGUCGCGAUUUGUUGGCGUUCGUGGCCCGGCUCUUCGGGCCCACUUCAGGGUCUCAGCCCCCACAGGUGGCUCGAGCCCCGGGGUCCUGAGGUACGCCCCUGACCCCCAUCCCCGUGAGCUUCCCCCUGCCAGGCCACCUGGGGAGGCCUUGCCUGUCAGCACUGCUGCCACGUGGAAAGUGCCAGAGACGAGCUCCUGGGGCAGCCGGGUCCCAGCAAGGUCAGACACGCCAGGGAGGGGUGAGGUCCUGGGAGGCAGGGAAAGGUCGGGGUGGAGGCCUGUGUGCCCCAAAGGACGAGCCGGUGGGCAGGGCUUCUGUGCCGGUGCCGAGCCUGGCUCUGAGGUGGGAGGAGCCCCCUCUGUGUUUGAACAGGCCAGUCCCGUCUCUGACGUGCCUGGGCCUCCGGGUGCCGUCUGCCUUGAGCUGGACGUUUCCGGCUGGGGCACGGCCGGUGGGUGUGCGGUCAGAGCCACCGUCCUGUGAAGCUUACUCAGGACGUGGGCCACCACUGCUCCGUGUCAGGCAGUGGGGGCCCUCCCGCAGCAUGCCCCCCGUCCUGCCCCACCCCAGUGGACCCUCUCUCCUUUACCCCCCUGCCUGCUGCUCGUUGGCACCGGCACCGUGGGUCAUGGCUGCCCAGGGGUCUGCCCUGCUCGUCCUCCAGGCCUGCCUCCCUUGUCCAGCGGCCCCUGAUUCAGCAGCCGCCGUGUGACCACACGCAAAGGAUCUAACUCCCAGCCCGUCCCCUUGCCAAUUGGAAGCUGAUUGUUCCUCUAGGGAAAAAAACAUACACAUCCAAAUGCAUUCCAGACAGAUGGGUUUAAACAUACAAAUUAAAAUUCCCUAAAGUGCCCACAAUACAAAUAGAUAUUUUUGUAACAGGGAGUGGCCAACGGCUUUCCUAGCGUGACGCCAGUGACCACACAACCCAGGCCGAUGCAGCGCGGAGCAGCCGUGAGGACGGCCAGCGCUCAGGCGAGGAUCAGUGAUAGCAAGCUGAGCAGACACGUGAGACGCUUACGUUCCUGAAUACGUACAGGGUUCUCGGAAGUAACUCUGGAAGUAAGAAUGCGCACAGCACAGAAAGCAGGCAGUUCUUCAGGAGGAGGGGCACAAGAGGUCAGUAAGACGCGCCCGUCAGUAACAGUCGAGUGGGGGGAGCGGGCAUGAGACGUGGGGCUCCGUCGGCAGUUGCAGGGCGGCCCUGGGCCGAGCUGGUGGCAGCUUGUUUCGUGACCAUGGAAGACCAGUCUGCUCUCUCUGUCUUUAUGUUUUUCUCAGCGGCUUUUGUUGUCGCUUCUACUUUUAGACCGAAGCGUAAUGCUCGCAGAAGGGGGCACCUCACAAAUCUAGUGCCCCGUGAGUGAUCCCCAAGCGGGCACCGGGCCCCACAGCUGUGGUCAAGGAGAGCCCCUGGCCCGCACCCCGCAUCUCCCGGGGGGCCCCUCUUCCCAGCGUUCACGCCACCCCAGCUCUGUUGUCUGAAGGAGUUGCACAGGAUCCCUCUUGGUGAGCGACUCGCCUUUCCCCGCUUUCUGCUUGUGGACGCCGCGUCUGGGGUAGCUGUGGUUUGUUCCUUUCUGUCACUUUCCCCUUGUAUGAAUGGGCCACAACAGAUUUGGGUUGUUUCCGGUUUGGGGCUGUUACAAAUCCUGCUGCUGUGAACACCGCGUGCGUGUCCCUUGGCACAGCGUCCUGCCGGGUGCUCGUCAGGAAGUAGAAUUGCAGGGCCGGGUGGUGUAUUUCAGCCACUCUCGUAGAUGAUGGCAGACUCUUUGCCAAAGUGGUUUUCCAGUUUACAUUUCCACCGCAGGGCACGAAGGUCCUCGUUCCCCCACGUCCUCACCCACACUUGGGAUGGCCUUAGCCGUUCUUGGGGAGGGGGUGCGUCGUAUCACUCCCCUCGACCCCAGCCUCCCUCACGUCCCCCGGCGCUGGGCAGCGUCUGUUUCCUUCCUGCCGAAAGAAAGAAAGAGCCCUCCAGAGGACACCUCGCAGCGCUAAUAUCCUAAGUGCUUUCUCCUAUCAUUAAAAUUCGUCAGACAUGAUUUUAAUGACUGCAUAAUAUUGUGUUGCAUGGAUUAACAUAAUUCAUUUAUUCCCUUACUGUACAUCAAGUUGCUUCCAGUUUUCUCCCAUUGCCAAUGAUGCUGUGAUGAACAUCUAUGUUUCUGAGUGCUUUUCCAGCAUGGAUUUCUAGUAGAGGUGUCCCCUGCUUUUCAAAAGUUUGCAUUACCCCACGUCACUUUUACGAAAAACCCACAUUGGUACCUGUUUUCUCUAACCAGAAGACAUCCAGAGAGGACUGUCGCUUUUAUGAAAAAAGGCAAAAGGGGAAAGUGGCAUUCAGCGUUGGUUCCACAACGGGCUGUUUUAGAUGCAGCGAGAAUGAUGUCGCCCAGCUCCUUCCCCACCACACACUCAGCAUCUCGGCAUCCGGCUGCCACAGCUCUGAACCAUGUCUGUCGGCAUCAGUCCCUUAUCUCAAGCUACUUUGUGCAUCUGUUAGCAAGAUGUGCUUGCCCUAAGGCGUCAGAAAAGCCUAAGAGGUGAUUUUUUUGGGUCCGGGAAUACUGAGACAUCUUUUCAUACAAGUUAAUGUUAAUUGUCUCUUUUCUUUAUGCCACUUUGGCUUAGGGAAGAUUUUAGGAAUGGUCCACUUUCGGAUAGCAGGGAAACCUUGUGAUGGGAUUCUCCCGUCAUUGGCGGGGAGUGGGUGAGUUGGCAGAGAACCCACGGCCCCCCCCAUCUUCAGGGACCUGCGGCAGGCGGCUGCGGACCUGCUCAGCCGGGUUACUUGGGAAUGUCUUAGAAAAUGCAAGUUUAAGAAACUAUUUAAAAUUUAAGGGUAGAAGAGGUGUGCCUGGGUGGUUCAGUUGGUUAAGGGUCCGACUUCGGCUCAGGUCAUGAUCUCGUGGUUCAUGAGUUUGAACCCCACGUCAGGCCCUGUGCUGACAGCUCGGAGCCUGGAUCCUGCUUUGGAUUCUGUGUCUCCCUCUCUCUCUGCCCCUCCUCCGUUGACGCUCUGUCUCUGUCUCUCAAAAAUAAAUAAACCUUAAAAAAAUUUUUUUUUAAUUUAAGGGUAGAAAUAGAGUGUAUAACUUCCAGGAGAGGGGAAAAGAAAGCAAAUGAACAAAACUGAUCAAGUCCAGAGAAGCUGGGAAAGAGGAUCUGGAAAAAGCAAAGGGACAAUGUGGUAAAUAGCAUGGGCCGUGUAAGUCCACGUAAGCAAGGGGUCAUGGUAACUUAAACUCACCUGUGCAAAGAGAUUCGCAUCAUACUUUUUAAAACCCCAUAAAAUCCAGUAACAUACUGUUUACAAGAGAUACACCUAGGCACAAAGUUUGAAAUAAAAGGAUGAAAAAAAGUGUGAGAAAUAUUAACCAAAAGAAAGCAUGGCCGAGAAUAUCUGUGUUCUCCUAAAACGUAUUUGAAGAGCAUUCACAGGACAAAGGGGCUCGUAUGUCCUACGAUCACAGAGCAUGCCAGUCUCUAGUCUGUGUAAAUAAAAAAACGUAGCCCCAUCUGAAAGCAAAGACCGACACAACUGUGGACAAAGAUCGGCCUUUCCACGGCGCAUGGGAUGUGCUAACGCACCUGUUGCAGAAAAUGUGGACUGAGCAGGGGAAAGUUUAAAAAGGAGAGAUUUAAAGAAAAAUCAUUUUUUGAUCUAAUAAAAUUUUGCUUUCCACAAACAAUGUGCAUUUACUUCUAGCACAUGAGAAACACUUACAAACGUUUGACCUGUCACAAAGGAAAUUUUAAGAACCCAAAGCCUCAAUAGUAUACAGGCCCAUAAGUUCUGUCCAGAGUGCAAUAAUGUUAAAAAUCAAAACCAAUGAGAGAAAACUUAAAUGCCAAAACUCCCAUGUACAUAUAAAUAACCUCCUAAAGUAGAAGUGGAAUCAUACUGAAAAUUGCAAAACGACAGUAAGAAACUAAAGUAGCAGACUUGGGGGAUGCAGCUAACACGGUAAUUAGAGGAAAAUUUAUAGCCUUAAAAAUACAUUCUUAGAAGACAAUAGAUACUUAAAAGAAUUUAGCUCCACAUUCAAUUUAAGCUGGAAAUAGAAUAUGAGAGCAAAAGUGCAAAAAAAGAAAAA